GGCAGAGAUUACUGCAGAUCCACCCGUCAUUCUCUCCUAUUUCAAGCCCCCUCUCCACUGAGUUCUCUAAGCAGACUGACUGACUAGAGACGGACACUCGCAGACCCUCCUCGUCUUCUUCAACAUGCUGAGGAAGGGUUCGGAGUUGCUCCUGGCCACAGGAGGUGACAGGGAGGUGCUGCUUGAUCUGGAUUACGUAACGGGCAAUCGGGGCGAACCCCAAACCACAGACAGCUAUGGGAGUCUGCAGAACGGGGGUUUCAUCCCACCAAGAUAUCUUUCAGCUGCAGCGGCUUCUUCUGAUGAUAAUGACGAUGAUGAGGAUGACCCCAUCUAUAUACACUGUGAUAAAACAAGUAGCCGACCGGAACAACCACUAGGGGGGAACUACUUUAGAGAUGGAAGAACCAAAAUAGACUUUGUUCUAGUAUGGGAGGUGAAACUGAGAAAGCAUCGCUCCAGAUGGAGGGGUCAAUCUGAGACCAGCGGUCCGGAGGAGGUCGGAGCCAGGGCAGAGGAGGGGAGCAGCAGGUCUGAGCGGAGAAAGGCUCAGCUGGCUCGAUGGAGGAACAAAUUCACCCAAAACCUGCAGAAUGCCGGCAUACUGCUGGAAAAGGAGGAGACGGCGAGCGAGAAAAAAACCAUCCAUUAUCUGAACCUGAGCGCCCCUUGGGAUGUGUUGGUGUAUUACGCAGAGGAGCUCAUUCUGAGAGCACCCCUACAGGCCCAACCAAACCCAAACUUCAACACUUCUGACCGGAUCCUUCGGAAACUAUAUAUUCCCAACCUAAUGGCGGAGUCCUUGCCAAACAGGCCACUGGACUACUACACUUGUGCCUUUCGCAAGUCAAAGAUGGAGAAGUUCCUCGGCUGUGAGAACCAUGACACCUACUUUACUAACACACAGAGACACCGUAUAGUGUAUGAGCUUCUGGCGAGAACGGUGUACGGCAAGAGGAAGAGAGCGGAGGUGGGCGUGGCUCGACUGCUCAACGAGGGGGCAUACACUGCAGCGUUUCCUUUGCAUGAGGGCCCCUUUGAGCUUCCAGAGUAUGAGGUGCAUCCAGAUGAGCUGAACCAGAGGCAGGUCUUGUUCCAGUAUUGGGCCCGCUGGUCUAAAUGGUACAAGUACCAGCCACUUGACCACAUCAGAGAAUACUUUGGAGAGAAAAUAGCCCUUUACUUUGCCUGGCUGGGGUUCUACACAGCCUGGCUGCUCCCAGCGGCGGUGGUGGGGGCCUUUGUCUUUGUGUCAGGACUCAUGUCCAUGGGGACCAACACUCCUGCCAAGGAGAUCUGUAAUAGUGGGGGCAGCUACCUGAUGUGUCCUCUCUGUAAGACCUGCAAGCCCUGGAACAUGUCUGAUAUCUGCCCAAUGGCUAAGGUGGGCUACCUGUUUGACCACCCCGGGACAGUCUUCUUCAGUGUGUUCAUGUCCUUUUGGGCUGUCACCUUCCUGGAGUACUGGAAACGCAAGGUGGCCACCUUGGCUCACCACUGGGACUGCAUGGACUUCCAGGAGGAAGAGGAGCGUCCGCGGCCUGAGUUUGCGGCCAUGGCUCCUUCUAUAGAGUACAACCCAGUGACGGGAGUGAAAGAGCCCUACUUCCCAGAGAGGGCCCGGCUGUCUCGCAUGCUCACUGGCUCUAUGGUCAUCAUCAUCAUGCUGUGUGUGGUUAUGAUUUUCCUGGUGUCAGUGAUUAUGUACCGUGGGAUAGUGAGUGUGAUGAUGUACCGCACAGGCAGUUUUGUGCUGCGCACUCAGGCAGGGAACAUUGCUAAUAUCUCCAGCAGUAUGGUGAAUUUGGCCCUGAUUCUGCUGAUGGGGCAGGUCUAUACUGCGUUGGCACUGCAGCUCACUAAAUGGGAGAUGCACAGAACACAGACCCAGUACGAAGAUGCAUUUACCUUCAAGGUGUUUGUAUUCCAGUUUGUCAACUUCUACUCCUCUCCCUUCUAUGUGGCAUUCUUCAAGGGAAGGUUUGUAGGUUAUCCUGGACACUAUGGUACCUUGCUUGGCAUGAGAAAUGAAGAUUGUGGUCCAGGGGGUUGUCUCAUUGAACUGGCUGAGCAGCUCUUCAUCAUCAUGGUGGGGAAACAGCUCAUCAGCAAUGUUCAGGAGUUUGUUAUCCCUAAGGUGAAGGCAUGGCAACAGAAGAGGGCGCUGAAUAAGGUGCGGGGAAAACAGAACUCCCAGGAGCCCCGGCGGUGGGAGGAGGACUAUCAGCUGGUGGAGUGCGAGGGCCUGUUUGAGGAGUACCUCGAGAUCGUGCUCCAGUUUGGCUUCAUCACAAUCUUUGUGGCUGCGUUCCCCCUGGCACCGCUCUUUGCCCUACUCAACAACUGGGCCGAGGUGCGCCUGGAUGCCCACAAGUUUGUGUGUGAGUACCGGCGGCCUGUGGCCGAGCGCGCUCAGAACAUCGGCGUGUGGUUUAACAUCCUGGAGGCCCUGUCGCACCUGUCCGUCAUCGUCAACGCUUUCUUGAUCGCCUUCACGUCGGAUUUCUUACCACGACUGCUCUACCAGUACAAGUUUGACAACGAUCUGAACGGAUAUGUUAAUUUCACUCUGGCCUAUGCUCCUCCCAGCUACACCAGCCAUCCCAUGUGCAGAUAUAAAGCCUUUAGGGACAACAAUGGAAAUUACACUCUGAUUUACUGGGAACUCCUGGCUGUGAGGUUAGGCUUCAUCAUCGCUUUUGAGCAUGUGGUGUUCAUUGUCCUGAGAGCGAUAGACUGGAUGGUGCCGGACGUCCCUGAGUCUCUGGGGCUGAAGGUGAAGAGGGAGCGCUACCUGGCCAAGCAGGCCCUGGCAGACAACCAGGAGGCCCUGUUGGUGAGUCAUCGAGGUUCGGCCUCCAGCCAAGCAAGCAUCGCGUCCUUUGGCAACAUGAGCUAGAACGGUAGUGCUGAAGUUCUGCACCAAGAGAAGCAGAACAGAUGGAGAUGAGGGGUAGAGGGAGAUAAGAGAUUCCUUUGCAUUUCGGGCCCCAUCAAUGGAUUUGUUUCCCUGUUGCUCUCCGUCUGUUGUCUAUGGUCAGUCUCUAGGUUUGUUUAAGGAAGGGAUGACUUAUCCGCAAAGGGCCGGUGUGGUUGCAGGUAUUUGUUCUAGCCAAGCUGUAACACAUCUGAUUCAAUGACCAACUUAUAAUCUUUCAUUAAAACUCUGAUUAGUUUAAUAAGAUUUGUUACUGCUGGGCUGGGACAAAACCUGGCACCUACAGUGGCUUUUUGCUGGUAAUAUUGGCCAGAACGGCCACCACCUGGUUUUCAGUAUGUGAGAGUGGGUUUGUAUUGUUCCAAUUUUUUUGCUUGACUAUUAGCAGAUGACUUGACCUCCUUCAACUCUGAUGAUUUGUAAUGCUCUCACUGUGUUAAAUGGACAAGCUUGAUUUACUCAAACAGUAAUGUUGUCUACACUUUUCUUCAGACGCCUGCUCUCUUGUGUGUAGGUAUACAUAAAUAUUUAUAUAUGUGAAACUGGUCCUGCUUUUCUAUACUAUCACUACACUAUAUUUGUAUGGAGAUAAAACCCAAAACAUAUCUUGUUUAUCUUGUUGGUAUAAGAGUUACUGCUGUACUAUCAUAGGAUUGAAGUCCUCCUGCAUGUGUUACCCGUUUUGUGCGAACUGUUUUGCAUUUCAAUAUUAAUAAUGUUUACAUACUGUUUUAAUUACUUUAUAUAUAUAUAUACUGUAUUUUAGUAAUGGCUCAUCCUAUAUAACUACUGCUGUACACACAUUUAUAUUCACAUACUGUCCAUAAUGUCUAUACACAUCAUUCACAGACACAUAUAAAAUCUCAAAUAUGUUCUCAAAUUUCGAAAAUGCCGGAGAACUUAUCUUACCAAACAAUCUCCUCCUCCCUUCCUCCCCACUCGCUCGGAAACAUGACCCCCUCAGAAAAUGAGAAAUCCAGACAGAUGAAACCCCUCUGAUUUAUUAGGAGUCAGAGAGAGACAGGUGUUCUGUUAAUGAUUUCUCUCCCUCCUUUCCCUCUUCUUCUACGCACCCUUCCAAAAUAUUCCUAUUGCCUUGGGCAACUCUCUCUCUCUCUCGCUCUGUCUCUUUUCUCUCUCUCUCGCCCUCUCUCUCUCUACUGCUGUAGCGUUCAUGUUUUGAUUGUUAUGAUUGCUGUGAGUGUGUUCCUUUGCCAUUCAGCCUGCAGGAAGUGUGCGCUAGUACAUGUCAACUAGUGGAGGCAGGUAUGCAACGUGGACACAGCCUCCAACAGACACUGUGUGUGUCCCAAAUGGCACCAUAUUCUAUAUACAGUAGUACACUACACUACUUGUCAAAAGUCAUGCACGAUGUAGGCAAUAAGGUGCUAUUUAGGACAGAGACACUGUACUAAUAGUUCUCCCCUUAUACCUCAACACCACACUUAACAGAGCAGGGAAGCACUCAAAGGCAGGGAGUGAGAACCCAUAACACCACCCAAUGGUAUUCAGUUGAUGUGUUGAUUAAAAGGUGUCAACUUGUCAUUUAUCCAAAAACAAGUUGCCAUUGUAAGAUUGAAUGUACAAUAUUGAGUAGUUAUGAAAGUACAUCAACUGCCAACUAUAGACAGAAUUUCUAUGAUUGAUUUCUGGUUAAUUGUUAGACAUCAUGAAAAUAAAACUCAGAAAGUCAACUUCAAAACACGUCAGUGUCAACUGUUGUUUUUUUAAUGUUUAAUUAGGGAGUUACAGUGCUGGAGAGGUAGAAGCCAAGGAGUUCAAGCAUGUCUUACAGAUACUUUCUUUCUGCAAACUGAUAUUUUUCUACCUACUUAAUUACACACGCACGCACGCACGCACACGCACACGCACACG